AUGUCAUCAAACCCAGGAAAAUGUCGAUGUCAUAGUUCCACUCCUCUUGUUGAAGAGACUUCAUCGUCAGAUAACAGCUCCAAGCCGUCUUUGAUUAAUAAUGCUGCUGCUACAGUCCUCACACAAUCAGCCAAAGGUCCUGGUGAUCUUAAACAACACUGGCUGGCACUUUAUGGAGACACAGAGUCAGCAAACCGGAAAAAGAAAAGUGCAGAGUUUUUACCCACACCAAGUCACCUGUUAACGCCCAGCACACCUCCCCCGGCCAUACCACCCUCUCCAGGCAUAGUCUCUCCCCAGUUGAGGUAUGGAUCUACAAGCACAUAUUCAUCUGAUGGUGUGCUAUUGUAUUUGAACGGUGGUGGGUUUGGUCAAGGUUGUCCUGUAGAUAGGAAGGGGCGAUAUAAGUACAAUAAACUUGAACGAUAUAAAGAUGUGCAUAGCUCACCUCCGACACCCCCCAAUUUUCAAGAACACACAAUACACUCUGAUAAUGAACCCUGUAAUACAUCUGGCAAGGUCAUGGAUGAAAACAAAGAAAACUGCACAGACAGUAUUAUUGAGACAAUUGGGAAGGAUGGAAAAGACUCAGAUACCGCAGUAAUACCUACAGGCAACUUGACUCAGAAGUGUCGGCUAGACAAGAGGGAUAAUAAUAUCAGUAACAUCAAUGAGCAGAUACUUGAGAGUGUCUGUCCCUCGACUCCUACAUCCCAUUACAAGUCCCGCUAA